AUGAACCCCACGGACCAGGGCGCACAGAUCGAGCCGCUGCUGCUGCCAUCGGUUAACCCUUCGUUUGGCUCGUCAUUUGGACGUAGAAGUUUGAGAAACGACGAUGAGGCCGUGGUGGACAGAGGGGGGACGCGGUAUCAACAGGGAACCAACUUUGAGCAGGAGGAUCCUGAAGACCACAAGACUCUCUACAUCGGGGUCCACGUCCCCUUGGGCAGCACCAGGCACCGCAGCCAUCGCAGGCACCGUCACCAUGGGAACAAGCACAGGAGGAGGAGCAGGGACCGGGAUCUCCCCUUGGUUGAGGGGAGAGAGUCUCCUCUUUAUGACACCCCGUCCCAGAGGGUGCAGUUCCUGCUGGGCGCCGAGGACGACGACGAGGAGCACAUUCCUCAUGACCUGUUCACAGAGAUGGAUGAGAUCUGUGUGAGGGACGGCGAGGAUCCGGAGUGGAGGGAAAGUGCCAGGUGGCUGAAGUUUGAAGAGGAUGUUGAGGACGGGGGGGAGCGAUGGAGUAAACCCUACGUGGCCACGCUGUCUCUGCACAGCCUGUUCGAGCUGCGCAGCUGCAUCAUCAACAGCACCGUGCUGCUCGACAUGAGGGCCAACUCCAUCGAGGAGAUCGCAGACAUGGUCCUGGACCACCAGGACUUGUACUCGCCACUGGGGGAUGAGCUCCGACUGAAAGUGCGGGAAACACUGUUGAAGCAGCACCAUCACCAGAACCAGAAGAAGCUGGCUAACCGCCUGCCCAUCGUACGCUCCUUUGCUGACAUGGGCCGACGGACAUCGGACCCCCACCUGGACAAGAAUGGUCAGCUGUCGUCCUCCCAGUCUCACCUUGCGGGUCCAGAUGGGAAAGUGGACAUCAGUAGAGAAAACAUUUCUGUCGACUUCAGCAAGAUAGACCUUCACUUCAUGAAGAAGAUCCCAGUGGGCGCUGAAGCUUGUAACGUGUUGGUGGGAGAGUUGGAGUUUCUGAACAAACCUGUGGUGGCGUUUGUGCGUCUCUCACCGGCGGUUAUGCUCAACGGUCUGUCUGAAGUCCCCAUCACCACGAGGUUUCUGUUUAUUCUCCUGGGGCCUUUGGGUAGAGGGAUUCAGUAUCAUGAGAUUGGAAGAUCCAUUGCGACACUUAUGACAGAUGAGGUUUUCCAUGACGUAGCCUAUAAAGCUAAAGACCGUAAUGAUCUAAUCGCUGGGAUCGAUGAAUUCCUCGACCAGGUGACAGUGCUGCCUCCAGGAGAGUGGGACCCGUCCAUACGGAUAGAGCCACCCAAAAAUGUACCAUCUCAGGAGAAGAGGAAGAAAUGUAAUAUUUUACCAAACGGUUUAGUCGAGGGAGAGGAGGAGGAGGAAAUUGGAGGCCAUGGAGGUCCUGAACUGCAACGCACAGGGAGGUGGUUCGGCGGUCUCUUUCGAGACAUCAAGCGAAAGGCCCCCCACUACCUGUCUGACUACACGGAUGCUCUGAGUUUGCAGUGCGUGGCCUCUUUCCUGUUCCUCUACUGUGCCUGCAUGUCCCCUGUCAUCACCUUCGGAGGACUGCUGGGCGAGGCAACAGAAGGACGCAUAAGUGCAAUUGAGUCGCUGUUUGGAGCCUCGCUGACUGGAAUAGCCUACUCCCUGUUCGCCGGGCAGCCCCUCACCAUCCUGGGCAGCACGGGGCCGGUGCUUGUAUUCGAAAAGAUAUUGUUCAAAUUCUGCAAGGAGUAUGGCUUAUCCUAUCUGUCCCUGAGAACAUGCAUCGGCCUGUGGACGGCGUUCCUCUGCAUCGUGCUGGUGGCCACAGACGCCAGUUCCCUCGUUUGUUACAUCACGCGCUUCACGGAGGAAGCCUUCGCCUCACUCAUCUGCAUCAUCUUCAUCUACGAGGCCUUGGAGAAACUCAUCCACCUGGGGGAACACUAUCCCUUCAACAAGAACAACAACCUGGACAAACUCAGCAUGUACUCAUGUUCGUGCGUGGAACCGUCUGACCCCGCCAACGGCACCCUGAGGUUCUGGGAAACCAACAACAUCACUGCAUCAGAAAUCUACUGGGAAGCUCUGGAGGUCAAGGACUGUAUCGAGAAACGAGGCGAGUUUGUGGGCAGCGCCUGUGGCCCGCACGGCCCCUACGUUCCUGACGUCCUCUUCUGGUCGGCCAUUCUCUUCUUCUCCACUGUCAUCAUGUCUGCCUUCCUAAAGGAGUUCAAGUUCAGCAACUACUUUCCCACAAAGGUGAGGUCCCUCAUCAGCGACUUUGCCAUUUUCUUCACCAUCCUAACGAUGGUGUUAGUCGACUACACAUUAGGGGUUCCCUCUCCGAAGCUGAAGGUUCCCAGUGUGUUUAAGCCGACCAGGGAUGAUCGAGGCUGGUUCAUUAACCCGCUGGGGCCCAACCCCUGGUGGACGGCAGUCAUAACAGUGAUCCCAGCUCUGCUCUGCACCAUCCUCAUCUUCAUGGACCAGCAGAUCACUGCUGUCAUCAUCAACAGGAAGGAGCACAAGCUUAAGAAAAGCUGUGGCUAUCACCUGGACCUAUUCGUGGUGGGGGUGAUGCUGGGCGUGUGCUCUCUGAUGGGUUUGCCGUGGUUCGUGGCGGCCACCGUGCUCUCCAUCACGCACGUCAACAGCCUGAAGCUGGAGUCCGAGUGCUCGGCCCCCGGUGAGCAGCCCAAGUUCCUCGGCAUCAGAGAGCAACGGUUUACAGGCCUCAUGAUCUUCACCCUCAUGGGCUGCUCCGUGUUCAUGACGUCUGUGCUCAAGUUCAUUCCUAUGCCUGUGUUGUACGGAGUGUUCCUUUAUAUGGGGGCAUCGUCUCUCCGAGGCAUUCAGUUGUUUGACCGCCUGACACUGUUCGGUAUGCCAGCCAAGCACCAGCCAGACUUCAUCUAUCUCCGCCACGUACCCCUGAGGAAGGUGCACCUGUUCACCAUCAUCCAGCUCACCUGCUUAAUUCUGCUCUGGGUCAUCAAGACCUCCAAGGCUGCCAUCGUCUUCCCUAUGAUGGUGUUAGCGCUCGUGUUUAUUAGGAAGCUAAUGGACUGCAUCUUCACCAAGAGAGAGAUGAGUUGGCUGGAUGACCUCAUGCCAGAGAGCAAGAAGAAGAAGCUCGAGGAUGCUGAUGAGGAGGAGGAGCAGAGUAUACUGGCAGAGGAAGAGGGAGUUGAGCAAGUGCCAUUAGAAGGCUACAAGUAUGUUCCGUCAGUCAUCAACAUCACAGACGAAAUGUCAAAAGGAUCUUUUGGAAAUACUUGGAAUGCAAACGGCUGA